AUGCAGCUCACAGAGACGGUCACUAUCAUCAACAAGUCGGGCAAGAUCAUUGGCAAUGGAAAGCACAUUGUCAACAUCUUCAAGGAGGCCAAGGCAGCCUAUCAGGACAAGAAGGCCUCUCUCAAGGCCGAACGCGCCGCUGCCGCCGAGCUGCGACCUGGUAUCAAGAAGGCCCAGACUUAUGCCGGCCCGGCCCCGUCCCAGUAUACCUAUGAGGACCAGGUUUACGAAGUGCCAGAACGCAGGCACUUCCUCUCAUACGAGGAGGGCAGCUACUACACCCAUGAGCCACGCUGCAUAGAUGAAGGCGACCGCAGGCGGUCCAUUGACGAUGCGAGGACUGAGGCGAGGUCCGUCGCCAGCUCAAAGAGGAGCCACGGCAGCCACAGGUCUCACAAAUCUCACAGGUCCAGGAGGACUACGCACGACGGUGAUGAUGCUAAGAGCACGCGCCCGCCCCUGACGGCGAGCAAUCUGCGCACCCACAGCGAGGUGUCGUCCAGCGCGCCCAGCCAGAUCACCGCUGUCUACCGCUCUCCCUACGCCGAGACGGCCCCGCGCGACAGCAUGAUGAUGAGCAGGCCGAACCUGGCGCGCGCCCCGACCGCGCCGCCAUCCACGAUGAUGACCAUGGAGCCAGCCCUCGUGCCGCGCCAGAGCUCCGCCAUGAUGCACCACGUCGCGUCCGAGUCGGACCUGUCGACGAUCAGGCCCAGCCAGCCACCACCUGGCGAGAAGAAGAAGAAGAAGAAGGAGAUCGACAUGAACCUUGCCUACGGCAACAUCCCGCCGGACCUGGCCUCCCGCACCGACCUGGGCCCCGUCACGCAGGCCGAGGAGGAGCGCGCACGCAUCGACGCCGAGUUAAAGAGGCAGCAGGAGGCCCGCACCCUCAUGAACCGCAUCGACACCCUCCUCGACGAGGCUGAGGCCGUCCAGCACUCGGCCACCAGCAUCAUCGACCACCUCCAGCGCAAGCCCGAGGCCGCAGCUGCUGUCGCACUGCUGCUUGCCGAGCUCAGCACCCUGCUCAAGACCCUGGGCCCCGGGUUCCUGAGCGUUGUCAAGGGUGGGUCCCCCGCCAUCUUUGCCCUGCUGGCCAGCCCCCAGUUCCUGGUAGGCGUGAGCGUCGCCGUAGGCGUCACGGUGGUGUGCUUCGGCGGUUGGAAGAUCGUCAAGCGCAUCAAGGAGGCCAAGGCCGUCGCCGCCGAGAAGGAAGCCAGCGCGCAGGCGUUCGAGAUGCAAGACCAGCCAAUGCCACGGAGCGGGCAGUCCGGCUUCGAGGCGGGGUCGAGGUACGGGGCGCCGGGCCCCGGCAGCGAGGACGACGCGCUCGUGCUGGAGGAGGAGCUGAGCACGAUCGAGACGUGGCGCCGCGGCAUCGUGCCGUCGGACGUCGACGACGAGGACCUGGCCCGGAGCAUCGCCGAGAGCGCCGACCUGGAGCUCAUCACGCCGGACGCGGCGCGCUCGGUGCGCGACGACGGGCGCUCCAUCCGCACCGUCAAGUCGCACCGCUCGUCCAAGUCGCACCGCAGCCACCGCAGCCGGAGGACCGAGGAUGGCGGCGACGACAUCGAGGUGCCGGAGCGCAAGAGCAGCCGGGCCAGUAAGGUUGGUACAGAUGCCGCCAGCGAGGCGGGCAGCGAGCGCAGCAGGAAGACGUCCCGGUCCAAGGCCACUACUGUGCGGACGAGCCAAACCAAGGCCAUCGAGGACGGUAGCAGGCAGCGGGAGGAGGACUCGCUCGAGUCGGUAUUCCAGCCUUCGCUUGGGAGCAGGAAGCCUAGUCUGCUCAAGACGCUGUUCAAGAAGAAGGCUCGCGAGGAUGGAAGGGAAAGCGUGGCUGUUUCUGUUGUGGCUUGA